ACGUAAGGUGAUUGGAGUUCCAACCGCAGAUUCACGGCCAACCAACAAGCGAGACCUACAUCAUGUUUCUCCAGGUCACUGGUUCAAAUCGCACAUCAAACAUUGUCAAGCUCAUCAACCCUAACAGGGCGGCGAAUUGGCAAACGGGGGUGUAUGAGCAAGGGUUGCCCCCACCCAAGCAUCUUUUCUCCACAAAGUUACCAUGGUUAUAAAAAGCAGGACCCCAAUGCAUAGAGGCAGCUCAAAAGAGUGCUCAUUAUCUAGGCAUCCACAUGCUAUAAAGCAAUCAAACAUUUGACUCGGAGCGACGGUUGCAAAUUUGUAGCAGUCCCCAAGAAUUGGGGUGUAGCCACCACUUUGUACAGACAUGAUAGCGGCUGUGCUGUAGUGAAGUACCUCCAUAGCGCAGCAGCGAACGACACGACCACAAGCGCCACGAAUCAAGCAGAGCAAAAAGCCAAACUCAGAACGUCAUCAUACAGGCUCUAUUGAAGCACAGAACCACACAAUUACCAAGAACAUACGGCAAUCCAAAUCCCUCCUCGGUUGGUCAUUGCUCCAACCAAAACCCCCUCAAAGACACCUGCCAGAUCCUCCUCACCCGUCGGUGGAGCGGCCCAUCUGCCAGACUGCCUCUUCCGAGCAAUAAUACGUAUGUGGCCACUCGACCAUCCUUACCCUGAUGGAAAAUCCCCUUAACCCACCCCUCUUUUCCAUUGACCAACCCUCCCCCCACCACGCGACAACCGAGCAAAUCUUGAAGACAGCAAAGCAGCUUCACAGGACGAGCAUGAAAGCAGCUGAACACACGACGCGCAUGGAAAGAGCCGACUCGGAGCAAAAAGGGCUCUAGAAAAACCUUGCUCACUAGGUCUUCCAGUUCCUCCCUUAGCUGCCAGAAAUAUCUUCCUCGCUAAGUCUUCCAGAUCCGCUCUUAGCCGUUCAUCACAUCGCCCAUGAAACCAUAUCGAUGCCUAUGAAAGUUUUGGGAAAUUUGAAAAAAGAAAAGAAAAAGGUCGGUUUUUGAUAACAUAGUUGGAAUGAUUGCGUAUCGAGCAAAAAAAGUGGCUUAGAAUUGUGUUUUGCAUAACAUAUCUUUCUUUCAGAAACUUUUUGGCUUUCUCUUGCUGGUGGGAGUACACUGCGUGCACUGCACAGGUGCAGUGUGUGCGGUGCGCUGCACGGGCGGCUGUUGCGGAGAAGCAAGUAUGCCCUAAACUAACUCAAAUCUCUGGUUUUGUGAAGACUGGCCCUUCUUUGAGCCCUUGGAAGGGCCUUCAGAAGGAUCAAGCAAGUUGUAAUGGGCGCUCGGGUGUGGCGACAACCAUUGGACGACCACAGCGAGUCCAUCCUAGGAGGAGGGCAAGAGCCAGCUGCCAUGGGGACUCCGGGGGUCUACCAGGAUCGUCAUAAUGAUUCCAAUCAGGAGACGGUCACCCCUCUGCUUGCAGGAGACGACCUCUACCUCCCAGUGGAUGGAGGUCAGGGCUGGUUCAACAGGAAGCAAUUUGUGCCAGAGUCGAAGCGGUUGUUUGAUUUGACUUUACCCUCCGUAGGGAUGUAUGCUGUCCAAGCUCUCUUGGCUACCGUGUCGUUGGCCUUUGUGGGGCACCUGGGUGCUGUAGAACUUGCGAGUGCUGCCAUUUCGGUGACUGUCACGAAUGCUUGUGGUCGCUUUGUGUUGCUGGGGCUAUCCAGCGGCAUGGAGACACUAUGCGGGCAGGCCUUUGGUGCAGGGCAGCUUCUGCAGCUAGGGGAGAUCCUCCAACUAGGCAUCAUCAUACUCAACCUCAGCUGUGUCCCUUUGAUCGCCAUUCUGUGGCACACGGAGGCCAUCCUCCUGCUUUGCCACCAGCAAGUGGAUGUAGCUCACAACGCUACAGUGUUCGUCAAGUACAUGAUUCCUGGCAUAAUCGUACAGGCAUGGUCAUGUACAGUGGAGAAGUUUCUCCAAGCGCAAGGACUCGUUGUCCCUCUGGCUGUUGCCUCCAGUGCGGCUUUCCUCGUCCAUGUUCCUUUUAGCUGGUUUCUGGUGUUCAAGGCAGGGCUGGGAUUGAUCGGGGCCGCCAUCGCCAUCUCGGUUUCCUAUGCCAUCUACCUCUUCGGCCUCCUACUGUGGAUUUGGCACUUCAGGCUGCACGAGAAAACCUGGCACAGAUGGUCCUUGCAGUGUUUCCAAAGAUGGGGGGAGUACAUGCGCCUCUCGCUUCCUGCGUGCGUUAUGCUCUGCAUUGAGUGGUGGUCCUUCGAACUGGCGAUCAUCGUUGCCGGUCUUCUUCCAAAUCCAGCGAUUGAGGUUGGUGCGUUCAGCAUCUGUCUCAAUGCAAUCAUCAUCAUCUUCAUGUUACCUCUGGGACUUAGUGUUGCAGUCAGCACCCGAGUCAGCAACGAGCUGGGUGCAGGUCACCCUCGACGGGCUAGACAGGUGGCAGCCACGUGCAUCAUCCUCGCCCUUUCUGCGGGAGGCAUCCUUGGCGGUUUCAUCUUUGUGCUCAGAAAUCAAUGGUCGCUCCUCUUCACCGACACUCAUGGUGAGGAAGAUGUCCGGAUCUUGGCUGCUAGAAUGUUCCCUUUCGUGGCAGUCCUACACUUCAGUGAUUUUGUCCAGGUGUCUCUCCAAGGUGUGCUUCGAGGUUCUGGCCGGCAGCUCACUGGUGCCCUGGUAAACUUGGGCGCCUUCUACGUUGUAGCUGUGCCUAUUGGUCUCUACUGUGCCUUCUCCUGCCAUCUUGGCGCCUUGGGGAUCUGGAUAGGCCUAAUGUGUGGGUCCGUAGUCCAAUCCACAUCUUUUCUCCUCUUCGCUGUUUUUCUCGAUUGGAAUGAGGAGUCCAGAAAAGCUGUCAUCCUUGUCAAGGAUGGGAUGCCCCAGCGGCCAAUCACUGAUGAUCAAUCCAGUACUAUUUAAAUGACAUUAAUUAAUUUCUAGCUCAUCUCUUUUUUUUUUUGAGAAACACAGGCUCCAGUCUAUUCGUAGUUCAUCUCUAUUCUAAUAAUCAUCGUAAAGCUUUUGCGAGU